CAAUGCAAUUCUUGUGAACUACUCUAUUUUAUUUCGUUUGGUAUGAUGACGUGACAGCACAGCAGGUAAAAUAGAAAAAUUGCAACUUAAAAUUGUUGGAAAUGGUGAAAUUGAAAGAAUUAAUAAUAUUGAUGACGAUUGCAUCACAGACUGGUCUUGGAGACAAAAAAUUACUCGAAUUCAAAAAUAAUGGAUUUACAGAUUUAGUGGUCGCGAUUCACCCUGAUGUCCCGGAGAACGAACAAAUAAUCGAUUCCAUUAAGAACAUGAUGACUGAUGCUUCAGCAGCUCUAUUUACAGCUACAAAACGGAGAGCUUACUUCAAAGACGUCACAAUACUCGUCCCUAAUAAUUGGAAAAACAAGGAUUAUACACCAGCAUCAAAAGAAAAUUUUAAAUCUGCUGAUAUACGAAUCGCACCUUCUCACCCCAGCUCGGGCCAUACUCCGUACUGUUGGAAAGAUACGCCCUGCGGAUCACCAGGGUCUUACAUUCACUUAACACCAGAAUAUCUACUCAAUUCCGCUAUAUCUGAACGCUACGGGCCGAAAGGUAAACUUGUUGUCCAUGAAUGGGGACAUUGUAGAUGGGGAGUAUUUGACGAAUAUACAACGGGUGAUCCUAACGAUAAACCAUUCUAUUUGAACUCAAAAGGGCAGGCGGAGGCAACAAGAUGCUCUCUCGGAAUACAAGGACAGGGUUAUAGAAGAAUUUCAGAACGAUGGGUACCAUGUACCACCGACGAGUCCACACUACUACCUGAGCCAAAGUGUAAAUUUAUACCAGAUAAAACACAGCCAAGCAACGUCAAAACAUCUUUAAUGUUUGCGCAAUUUAUUGAUGGGGUAACGACAUUUUGUCACGACGAUCCGUCCGACCCAAUAAACAACCACAACAAAAACGCACCUAAUCGACAAAACAGGCAAUGCAAUGGAAGGAGCACUUGGGCAGUUAUCAUGGACACUCGUGAUUUUCGUGGAGAUACCAUUAAUAAACCUAACUUUGCGAUAAGGAGCACUGUUCCAAAUUUUCACGUCAAGAAACCACAAAUGGAAAGGGUUGUUCUUGUCAUGGACACAUCUGGGAGUAUGAAUGAGAAUGGCAAGCUUGAAGACCUCAGGAGAGCCGCUCGACUUUUCAUAAAAAGUAGUGCUAACGAAGGUACAUUUGUGGGACUCGUUACUUUCGACUCUUCUGCAUCAGUUUUGAAACAGCUUACGGAAGUGCAAAAUGGAGAUAAUAGCCGGGACAGUCUUGUUCGUUUACUGCCCAGCUUUGCAAGUGGCGUAACAGCAAUUGGCCAAGGAAUUCUUGCGGGGGUGCAGGUACUAAGUCACAAUGGGCAGUCACCAGAGGGUGGGUAUGUAAUCGUUCUUACUGAUGGAGAAGAAAAUGUUGAACCCUUUGUUGAUAGCGUGAAACCAGACGUAAUGAGUAAGGGUGUUAUAUUACAAGCGAUAUUUUUUGGUUUGGUCAAUGUCAAUUCUGACAGUUCGUUGCAACAAUUGAGCUCGGAAACAGGUGGAGACUGGUACUAUGCAAGCGACGCAAUCAACUCUGGUUCCGAAUUGAAUAACAUUUUUGCCUCGUUAGCGCAGUCAAACGAUGGGGGUAUCCCAACAGGAUCUAUACAAAUAUCUAGCGAGUCUUUUGAAAUAUUUCCAGACGUUCGUCAAACUGGAAAGGUUGCUAUUGAUGGUUCCGUAGGACUGCAAACUACAUUUACUUUCAGUUGGUUGUACAUUGAACCAAAAAUCGAUCUGAAAUCGCCAUCUUCAAAUUGUGUUUAUUCAAAUGUUGUCGUCGAGGGUGAAACAUGUUCAAUUAACAACAUUCACCAAAACGACAGCAGCUUCAAGAUAAUAACUUUCACCAUUCCUGGAAUUGCGGAAUUUGGAGUUUGGGAGUACAAUAUUACAGGAAAGUUUCAAGACGUGGUAACCAUUUCUGUCACAUCUGCUCCAUCCAAAGCAAAUAUUUAUCCAAUAACUGUUGAACCAGAACUAACCUUGACAAAUGUUUCCGGAAAUCAAGCCGCCGUUGUGGUUGCAAGGGUCUUUCAAAAUCUACGUCCUGUACUUGGAGCUACUGUGAAGGCCACAAUAACUAGGCCCAUAGGAGAGGAGACUUCGAUAACAUUAUUGGAUAAUGGUGCAGGGUCCGACGUCAAUUCUAUGGAUGGAGUUUAUUCAAGAUACUUUUCUAAUUUCAAUGCACAAGGAAGAUAUUUUGUUAAGGUAAAUGUGCAAAAAGGCGGGGAUGAACCAGUCGGAACUGUUGGAUUUAUAGGAGGGUCGGACAUUAACACUGGCUUUAUUUCGGACGACGGAACGUUUGUGCCCAAUGUCAACAGCAUUGACAUCGAACCAGUUGACUUAUCUGGAGCAACAAUUGAUGGUACCUUACAGCGAACUGCAUCCACUGGAGGAUUGGCCUAUACAGGGCAAGUUGUAUUUCGGGACAUAUUUCCACCAAAUAAAAUCACGGAUCUUGGAGUCACACAAGUUGAUUUGAACGAUGCAAGUUCUGGCAUUACGCUAAAGUUUACUGCACCGGGAGACGAUUAUGAUUCUGGCAACGCGUCAUGGUAUGAGAUCAAAUACACAUUUAAUGAUUCCUCGCUGCUGUUGUCGGAAUUUGCAAACCAGACAUCCGUACAAAAUGUAUUAAUUACUGAAGGAAAUUUGAACAAUCCGAAGCCGGCUAUGCAAAUGGAGAGUUUCACCUUUACCAUCUCAACGUUUCCAGACAAUGCGGCUUCUGUUCAAGUAGCAUUGGCUGUGCGCGCUUACGAUGAAGAGAAUAAUCCAUCAGAGAUUUCAAACAUUGCAUUCAUCACAUUUUUUAUCGAGCCACCACCACCCGUGAAUCCAACAACUGCUCCAAAUCUACCAUUUGGAGACAAAUUUUGGUACUUCAUUGGAGGAUUAAUAGGAGGAGUAGUUCUUAUAACAAUACUUGUCAUUCUCGGAUGCCUGUUUUGUCGGAACUGAUGCUUACAUACAAGUGAAGAAUAAAAACCAACCGUGAUUCUUAUAUUCAUUCAAUGAACAUUAUCUUGAAUAGUUGUAUCUGAUUGCUGCUGAUCCUGAUUGCUUAAUGUUUGCCCAUAUCUUAUUUCGUAUAUGCUCUACUUUGCACGUUUUAUUCUAAAUGAGUGAACAGUUAUCACUCAAUUCCAAUCUGCCUAAUUGACCUUAAUCAUUCAAAACCCAUCCUACGCGCAAAAAUAAAGUGAGAUAUACCAAACAAUUUUAACAUUGGCUCUUAUGGGGAAUGUGAUCACCAGGGCAGAAAUUUGCAUUGUUUGUGAUUUUCUAGUUAUCUUUCGUUGUAAACGUGGGCAGUUUUAUAUAUAGAAUGAUUUUUAGAUGUUCUUCGAUAUUUUAUGACGAUUAACAUGGUCAAGUUUUUUGAUAAUCGUACAUUAAAA